GUUUUUCCCUAUGUUCGUACCAGACGUGAGCUUAAUGCAAUUUCUUUACAUUGCGCGAAUCCUGGUUGUUCCUGGCAUGGAGAUUACGAGCAGCUGGAGGUGAGCUGGUGGGUGGUAGGAUUAAGACAGAGGGAAGGAAGGGGGGGGCAAGGGAAGGAACUAGUUACAGAGGGAAGGAGAAAGGACGAGGAGAAGAGAGCAAAAAAUAAUGAAAUGAGGGAGAGAGGGAUUGAGGGAAAGAGGAGAAAGAGAGGGAGGAGGCCCUGGAUGGAGGGAAGGAAUUAAUUGUACCUUGUUGAAUUUUACAUGUCACGUUAUUCCAAAUAUAAUUUUAUUGAAAAGAACGUCAAAAAUUAUAGCACAUCUUUUUCCAUAAGUAUCUUUUCCAUUUUCGAGUUAUUGAUGUUAGUUUGAUAUUCUUACGUCACAUUCCGUAAUUGUUUAUCUUCUAUUGAACUAUCUUUUCUAUUUUUGGCCAGGGUUUGCCCGAAAUAUCAACGACUUUUUAAGGGACUGGAAUAAAAAUCUAGCCAAUCAUUAUUGAUCAUUCAGAAACUCGUAUCAUAUGCCCUCUAAUGUGUUUUCAUUUUCACUCCGAAAGUAGUAUCCCUCUUGGAAUAUAGCGGUGCCGUCUUUAAUUCAAAAGUGAUAGGGUUUUUCCGAAUUGUACUUUAACUAGAUACGAAUGAAAUGCAAUAAUUUAAUUUUCCGUAUUUAGGGUCAUUCUCAAGUUUGUGAACAUGCUUUGAUCACAUGCGUCCAUUCCCAAUGCCAGAUGAAGUUACAACGCUCGGAUAUGGAUGAACAUUUAAAAAGCGAAUGUGAAUAUCGGGAUGUGAAAUGUGAUUAUUGUGGGCAAGAUGUCACCUUUGCCUCGAUGAAGGUAAGAAUAAUAUUUUAUAGAAAACUAUGAUUUAAUUUUCAAUCACGCGAGAAACUGGCCAAUUGAGUUCAGAUCUUGGUACAGCCCAAGAUGUUUCAUUGAAUAUAUUAACAUUAAAAAACAUAAAUGUUUAUAAGGUCAACUUACUAUUUUCUUAUUGUAGAGGUUCCGAUUUUACUUCCGCUGCCAUUAAUGGACUUUUAACCAAUCAGAUGCGUUUGAUAUACCCGAUUAACCAAUCAGAUGCAUAUACUAGGCUAGUGAAACGUAGUGAAGCGGUAGAGGAAGUAAAAUCUGAACCUUUCUAUUAUGGCAAAUUCGCUCGAAAAGUCAGAUAUGACCAAAUCGAGAGAAAAUGAUGUCUGAAGUUCAGUAAGUUUUGUUUAUAUGGCUGUAAAUAUGGCGUCAAUUUUAAAGCAUCAUUGAUAAUUGUAUUUUAAUUGACAAUUUUUAACUAUUAUUUUAUGUUUCUCAACCGGCAGAUGCAUUUAAAAAGGUAGCUAACUCUAUAAACUAGAGAAUAAAGCUAAAACAAAGUAAUUUUGAGAGGAACGCCAAAAAGAUUUCAGGUUUUGAACACUUUUCAUUGCAAAUACGUGACAUUGAAAAAAAUUGCCUCUUAAAGAAAAUUGUAAUUGACGCCGAAGUUUGGCGUCAUUUAUGAAAAAUGGGAAAAGUCGCUAAAAAUGGACGAAAAGUUAAGGCUAUAGCCUUACUUUUUUGCUGUUUUUUGGCCACCUAUGAAAAAUGGAAAAAGUCGCUAAAAAUAGCCCGCGUGCAGGCCCAAGGGAACUGAUAGUGGACCUGCAAGCAAGGCCCGGUAUUUUGUAAAACGCCCCUUUUCAUAACACGUCCCAUUCGCGCGUCAAUUGUCAAAAAAGAACCAAUGACAGCACCCAAAUAUUAACAAACAAACUCGCAUUAAAAUGUUGCGGAGUUUUCUCUGUUUAUUCAGAACAUAAACAAUGUGUAAAUGGCAGCGUUUUAACUCCAAAAAAGCAAGCAACGCAAUCAGUAAUUGCCAAAUUUGCAAGUGCUCAUUUUCAACUAAAAUCCCGCGGAACAGGCAAAUUAGGACGAAUUUCAACAGAAAACCAAUCUUAAACUUCAAAUCGUGAGGGAAGUCGUGCGACCACAUUAGCAUUUAUAUUAUGUGUGCUUCGCUGUCGCCAUUGGCAUUGUUAUAAAUAAAUUGCCUCACUUAUCAGAUCGUGUGUGCAAUUCUUGUUGGCGGCAGAAAGUACGAAAUUUAUUUCAGUUAUUUCAUUUGGUAAAGAACUCUACAAAAGAAGAGAGCGUUCAGAGUCCAGAUCGUUUCGUUUCAAACGGCAAUUUAAUACCGUCUUCUGUUUCGCUCUCUCAGCGAAGCCUUGUAAAUCGCAAAGUGUUUCGAAUAGGCUUACAUGCAACUGCAUCUCAACAUCAACCAAAAGAUAAUUUUCUUGAGGAACAUAUAACGUAUCAAGUCUGUUUGAAAUUAAUGAAACUCAAGUAAAGGUUACUAUAGUUCACCCCAGUCGUAAUGUUGCUAUUCCAACACCUCACGACAAGCAAUCCCCAUUGGCAUAACGGCAAAAACAUCUCUUCCUUCAAGUAAACAAUAAACAGUCUGUUCUUGUUCCAUUUAUAAUCGAAAAAAGUGAUCAAUUUUCGAAUUUUGAGCUUAUCGAGAGCCUUUGUGAUGAAUCACUGACCUAAUUAUAGAAUCCAACAGCAAACAGCCAAUCAGAAUGCCACGUUCGUGGGCGAACGCGGAAAGUACAAAAUUGCCCACUAUCACCACUUUAGUAGCCCGCGUGCAGGCCCACUAUCGGUUCCCUUGGGCCUGCACGCUGGCUACUAAAAAUGGAUUCUCGAUCCGAACUGCGAUACAUACAAACACGAGGCGAAAUGGGUCCUACUAAAGAAUGCCCGGGAACAUUCGUUGAAUGCCCGGGAGUCGGGAUCAAUUAAGAAUGCCCGGGGGAAAUUACGUUAAUAAUUACGUUUAUAGUUACUAUUAAAAUCCGCACUUAUUUGAUGAAAGAUUAAAUGAUUCUUGUAAUAUAUGGCAUUACAAAAUAGUGACAAUACUGUUCACGGCUGUCACAAAAGAAUGGCCGGGAGUCGGAAAUGAAUGCCCGGGGUAAAAUUACGCAAAUAAUUACGUUAGUUAAUGAUAAAAACGUUUUUUAAUGAAACUUUGAAUGUUUUAAUGAAACUAUUGUAGUAUAUGGCAUUGUAAAAUGAAUAAACCCAGAUAAACCCAGUAAGUCAAGUCGUGUUCUGUAGUUGGCUUCAAACAAGUUUGCUCAUUUAUGCUCACUCUUUGUCUAGAAACACACUGAUACGAGCUGUGAAGGUGCACCCGUGACUUGCAGAUACUGUAAGGAAGAUGUCUUGAGAAAAGACAUUGAAAAACACGAGAGAGACGAUUGCGAUGAGGCUCCGACGACUUGCGAGUUUCAUGCUGUAGGAUGCAACCAUACUGAG